UCCAGACAGAAGAGAUUGAGCGCGCUCUCAUCAGAUCCUACAAGCGGAGAUUUGCGAACUACAGCGUUACUCUGCGCUGGACAUAUGCAAGAUAUUACAACCGCGUUACUGAGUAUUUGUCGCGUCGUUUGUGCGCUUCGUUGUUUUAUAUAAACACAUUUGCUUCACGGUUGAAAAGUUGAGGCUGCGCAGCACAAGCGAGAUGAUGCUUGAAUCCAUUGAAGUUACUGAACGGCUCCAUUGGCCAGAGAUGGAAAUGUCUAAGAGUUGUGUCCUAAGCCCCAUGGAGAAGCCCGUGAGCCCCAGUCAGCUGCGUCUGGAGCGCAUAUCCUCUGGCGUUCUGAAGGACCUGUUUAACACGGCCACCAGCAGCUACAACACACUGCUGCAGAAAGAGUCAGAUGCUCAGGAGAGCCCUAAACACUCCUCCUACAAGUGCCCCAAACGAGUCUCCACGGCAAGGCAUCGCGACAGACCCCUGCCGACCCUUGCACCUCUAACGAUGAGUGGCCUGGCUUUUGGUUGCAGAGACAGCAGGCACGCUCAGUCGGUGUUCUCGUGUUUCUCCACCAGCAGUUCCAAGCAAACUAACAGCAUCACCAUGCUGGGCAGUGCCAUCCGCCUGUCCCCCUGCCCGAUCCCCAAGCCCAAAAACAGCUGCCCGGCCGGCACCAAACUCCCGCAGCUGUCCAGAGUGCUUCCUGCUGCUCGUGAUGUAGAGAACUCAAUCAAGAAGCUCUGCAUCCUCACUGCCAUAAAGCCAUCUAAUGUAGAGAAAGAGAAGGCCAGGUUUUUCAAAGCAGACUUUAAAUACAAUCCUCAGUUUGAGUACAGCAACCCUCUGCCUCCACAAAUACUAGCAAAGCACAGCACCGCUUCAGACCACUUCCUCACACAGGCUGUGCGGAUCAUGGAGUUGGCCUUGCAGAAAUACGGCUCCUAUGAGAAGUUUGAACAGGCUACUGGAGGAAACCUCCUCACCAAGAGCCGCAUCUCGUACCAUGUCAAAAAAUACAUGGAGAAGGAAGGAUGCAUGGGAGAGAUUGUGGUUAAUCUCACUGAUGACCUCCUGUCCAGAGCGUCUAUGACUGUGGUGAACAGCAGACCUACACUCACCAUUAACAUCUCUACUGCCAGAGAGCAGUGGCUGGAGGGGAUGCUGAGGCAUGAAAUCGGUACGCACUACUUCCGCGGCAUCAACAACAGUCACCAGCCAUGGGGCAGCAUCGGCGGCAGGAAGAAACACGGUCUGCGGCCCAUCAAUCCCACUGAGGAGGGUCUGGCCAGCAUCCACAGCGUGCUCUUCCGCAAGGACCCCACGCUGUGGCGCGCCGCCCUGCUCUACUACACCGUCUACCAGGCCAGCCGCAUGUCCUUCUCACAGCUGUUUCACAACCUGGGCCGGUUCCUGCAUGACCCCAACACUCGAUGGGACUACUGUGUCAGAGCCAAACGAGGACAGACCGACACGGCACUGCCAGGUUGUUUCAGUAAGGACCAGGUUUAUCUAGAUGGCAUCCUGAAGAUCCUCAGACACAGAGACAAGAUUGACUUCCAGCUGCUCAUGGCUCUGGGAAAGGUGUCGUAUGAGGACGUGGAGCGCCUGAAGAGUCUGGCUCUGAUGGAGCAUGUGCGGAUUCCUCACUUCCUGCAGGACCAAGCGCGCUACACCGAGCAGCUUCAUAAAAUCAUGGAGGUCAACCAGUUAACCGACGAGGAGCUAUGCAUACUUAUCUGAACAUGUGACCUCUGACCUCCAGCAUCAAUCUCACAAAACCUGUCCAGGUCAUACAUUACCAUUCAUAAACAAAAACAUGUUCAGGUCAUAUUUCACUAGAAACUAAAGAAAGAUGAAAUUACUUUUAGCAUUAAAUAUUUUUGAAUUUUCAAAUUAUUUGAAAGACACUUAGGGCCUCUCGCCUCAGAUUCUUGUAAUUCUCGUACCUCAUUUAGCUUAAAUUGACAAAAAUCUCAUUUUGAUUACUGUAAUGUGAAAAUCAAUUAUAUUACAGUCAUUAAUCAUUACCAAUCUUACAAAACGUAAAAACAAAUGACCAAAUUACAAAAUGUUACAAUGCAAAAAAAUCGUAAUAGUUUUAAAGCAGGCUCAAUUUUAGCUCUAACCGCCUUUUUUCUUUCUGAUGAGCUUUGCCCUGAGGUGGAUUGAAAAAUAAAGAGAUUUCUGGGAACAAUCAGUCUAUAUAGGGGCCUAUGGAGCUUUAUUUUUGUAUUUUUUUUUUAUAGCCAGUGCAGAGCAUUAAGUCCCUUCUGAAGGUUCUCAGAACGUGUGCAUUCUCUAUUGUGGGGCCAAAUUACAGAUUGCCAAACAUUCAUAUGUACUACAAGUUCCUUAAGCUGUUUAUUUCCUGAAUUUUUAUGACAUUUUAAUUUGUGUAUCUUAUAAACUUAUUAUAUGAUAUAAUUGUUUUCAUAUUUUUGAUGGCAUGUAUUUAACAAUAUAACUUGCAGAUGAUUUGAAUUUUAAACAGCUGAUGAUUACAAAAAGAGUCAUUUUCUGGGUGCCAAAAUGUUAACCUUUGUUUAAAAAGUGUCCUUCGUGGAAGUAGACAGUCCUAAAUGUCACAUACCAAAUAUACAGUAUAUGAAUAACAUCUCACUAGCACAACUGCUCUGUCUUGACUGUACUGAUGAUUUUAUGACCCAUGACAACUUCUCAAUAUGAUCUUAAUAUAUCUAAAUUAAUCAAAUAAAUUCAUGCCUUGCAUU